AUGAUCUUGUGGCUCAUACACAAGAGCAAAGGAAGUGGGCUGCGAAGGUGCUCCAGGGCUGUAGGUCCGUGGUACAAGAUCAAUAAAGCGAUAGGAGAUCCUCAGAGUUCCAAACCCUCCUAUGACUGCGAUACAAAUAGUUCUGCCAGCAUUGCAUUGGUGUUCAUUCAUCAUGCUGCUCAGAUCCUGACCAGGAAGAGUCUCCAGAGUGAACAAGGGCUAUUUGGCAACGGGACAUACAACCUGAGUAGAUUGCCUGUGGGUACCCAGGUGCAGAGUACAAGGCAGUGUUCCUCGGUGACUAUGAUUACUCCCUGUCUGGGAGUGGGGAUGACCAAAUAUCCAUGCACGUUGAAGAGAAAUUCUUCUAGCAGCUAUUACCAAGAUGGAGAUUUGGUUAUUGGAGGACUCCUCUCCCUGGAUUUGAUUCAGAGUCAUUUAAGUGCUGACAAUAACUUCACGAUACAACCACUUAUCUUCCCUGAGCCUACACAGUAUUUCACCAAACACUACCAGCAUCUCCUGGCCCUAGUGUUUGCUGUGGAGGAGAUCAACAAGGAUCCCAUCCUCAUACCCAACAGUUCUCUGGGCUUCCACAUUUUCAACGUCCACUUCCUUAACCAUAUUGCCACAGAGAGUUCCAUGGCUUUGCUCUCUGGAAAAACUGCUGCAGUGGUCCCCAACUACAGCUGUGAGCAGGAGCGGCAGGACAAGCUGGUGGCUGUCAUAGGGGGGAUGUCGUUAGAAAUAUCCAUGACCAACUCCUUGGUGCUGGGUCUCUACAAGUUCCCACAGAUCUGUUAUGGUCCAGUGGAUCCCAUUCUCAAGGAUAAAGCUCAGUUCCCAUCUCUCUAUCAAAUCUCUAUGAUGUCUCCAGAUCUGCACUGGGGAAUGAUCCGUCUCAUGAAACAUUUUCACUGGGUCUGGAUCGGCCUCCUUGUCACCAAUGACAUUAAAGGAGACACGUUCACCAAGACCAUGACAGAGGAAAUGGCUACGAAUGGAAUCUGUGUGGCUUACACAAGAGAAUCCAGGAAUACUUUACUGAAAGAACAUAUCCAUUUGAGUCUUAUUACACAAAAAUUAUUAAACCAUCAGCCAAUGUGGUUAUAG